AUGGCACCAAACGCAAUCCCGAAAUUCGCCACUCUCUCAUUGCUCGUUCUUCUAGCCAUUUCUGCUUCCUCAGAAGCUAAUUUCAACUUCAACCACAAGCUCAAAGAGACCAAGUUGGUCUCCUACAUGUUCGACUGGGAGACCGGCCUCAAUGUAACUGCCGUUCCGGUCGCCCGCAUCCUGGGGAACCGGUGGUGGAUUCUCAGGUUCGGCACCGUCUUUGCAAUGGACGAAAAGCUGACAGAGUCAUACGAUUGCAACUCCACCGAGGUUGGGAGGGCCCGAGGUGCCUAUGUGAACUCGGCCGUGGACGGCUCGGAUUUGCACCUGUUGAUGUCAGUUGUGUUCACCAACCAGGUGUUCAAUGGGAGCACACUAGAAAUACAGGGUUCCGAUCGGUUUUACCACAAAUAUAGGGAAGUGUCCGUGGUGUCCGGCACUGGGAAGUUCCGGUUCGCUAGGGUAUAUGCAAUUCUAGAAACUCUGUUCCUCGAUCAGGUGAACGCCAAUGCCAUCAUACAAUGGAAUGUCACCGUGUAUCACUACUGA